AUGUCUUCUCCAAGUCCCUUUCUGUUCUCUCCACCUCCUCUUUGUCCGACAGCCACCAUCACACCCACCACUUCCGCCCACGGUGGUCUCGACAGUGUGAUUGACAACGACGGAACAAUGCUCGCCUUGCUCGAUUCAUUCUUCACUGGUCCAGAAGGCCCUAAGACCGCGGUGGGCGGAGCCGACGCGGACACUUUGAGCGAACCGAGUGUGGUGGCAGGAAACCACGGAAAUGGCAUCUCCACAUCGGCGAAGACCAUCAAGCCAACCAAGCAUAUACCCACCAUUAACUUAGCCACGACCACGCAGUCCUUCUAUAUCGACCCUAUCUUGUGCCUGCCAACCCCCGUUGACGACAAAGGUUCACUGUCCCUCGAGAUAGGCGCAUAUAUCCCACCGCUGGUUCCCGCAAACCCAUACCCCCAACAAGGACUUCCCACACCCGCUACAGAGAAAUACGAACGAGGUACAAAUCUGACGGACAGCGUGUUGGAUCCUGCCCUCCGAAACACUUCCGGUUCUUCUACCAAUACAAAUUUUCCAAAGUUUGUCUCGUCAUCUUCUGUCACCAAGCUCAACCUUCCCACCCCGGCUAUGUCUCGAUCCUCGUCAAACUCGUCGUCCUCACCCCCUGUCACUCCCGGUGACAUGUCUUCUCAAGCCGAACUCCCCAAGGUCGUGUUAUCAGGCACACAGUUUGAUAUUUCGCUCACCGAACUCCUUGACGGCAUCAUGGCUGAGUCAGAGACCGACGGAACAACAAAGAUCUCCCGUACCUCUCUUCCGCCGGAUUUCCCCACUUGUCUUCCCCUCUCAUAUCCAGCCAAGACUGGUGUACCCGUACUCAACGCCAAGUCUCAAGCAGUAGGAUGGGACUGUGGUCCAGCUACUCUUUCCAUCUUCGACAACAAGUACGGUCCACCUCCGAAUGGUCCACUCACCAGAGACGUUCAGUCAUAUGUCGUCGGUGGUGCCCCUGACAUCUCAAUCAACUGGAGGCUAUAUGACGAAGGGCGUCGUGGAUCUCGUCCCUCUUAUGAGCCGGUCAAGCCUGAACCUUCCAACUCGAUGUUCCUGGAGGUUCCCACUGUUCCGAAGCGACGCAAGCGUACGCCAAAACCCUCCUCCUCCCGUUCUGCGUCCCCCGCCCAAAGCGAUGCCAAUCUGGGGGAAAGUGCGGCAGAAUGGAAGGAGUACUACCAGGCCUUGGAAGUUUGCAAGAAACAUGACAAGCUAGAAAGUGUACGAACACCCUUCGAGCCGGAGUGUCUCUGUCCAUUUCCUGCCGAUGAGAAAGAAGAGGUCAAUUAGGCACGUAGAAAGUAGAGAGGAGAUACUGUCUGUCUUUGCUGAUCAAUGUAUGUGUUGAGAACCGGCCCUUAAUGGAGAGAUU